CAACCGCAUGACAUCACCACACCAUCACAGCUCCAGCCCAGCGCCCUUCUUAUAUUUCUGCCACGACGUCUCAUGCUACACCCCAGCUUUUCCUACGAAAUCCAAAGCAAAACACUCGCCAGAGAUAUAAAUUGCCAAUCUCACCAGCUCACAUCACCUCUGAAUCACACUCCCCCACCGACGCCAGACGAUUCACACAUAUCACCAUGUCCUUCCUCACGAGAACCACCCCCCGCAUGGCUGCUGCCGUCCGCGUGGCCCCCAUCACCGUCGCCCGCCCAUUCAGCACAACACUGCCUGCCUACAAGACCGUCACAGAGACCGUCAAGGAGACAGCCGCUUCAGUGAACAAGAAGAUUGGCGAGACCCUCGCUGGUGGCAUCGAGUCUACCGAGCAAGCCGCGCAAAAGGCCAAGGAGUCUCUUCCUGAGACCAAGGGCGAGGCCAAGGGUCAGGCCAACGAGCUCGCGGGUCAGGCCAAGGGCAAGGCUCAUGAGGUUGCUGGCCAGGCCAAGGGCAAGGCGAACGAGGUGUCCGGCAAGAUCUAAACGCGAUUUACUCAAGUGAAAAUGGAAACAAUAGUCCAUAGACGAGAUGUAUUGUACAAUAGCAUCUGCGAAGACCGGGUCUCGCAAUGUGCAUAACGACAUAAUUUAGCGAUCUGUCCCUUGCGCAAGGCAAGCUUCUUGAACCCUCAGGAACUCCCGUGACAUUUCGAAGACAAAAACUGCAACACUUUUGGC